AGUUUAUCUUAAAAAAAAAUAAAAUCUAAUCAUGUUAAAUAUCACCCACAAAUGGCAACAUUAACAAGACUGAUGCAUGCUGUAAAUCAGUCACUGAAGUGGGCAAAUAAAGCAUUCCUUGUCUCGUCUGCUUUACCUUUUUUAUCCCCCUUUUAUCUAAUGGGGAGAAGAAAAAUUAGAAAAGCUGAAAAGAAAUGUAAAAGAGAAGGCAUGUCUGCAGAAAACGUCAAACCUACAAUUGAAAGUGGACGAUAGUUGCGUCGCAUCGCAUUCUUUCGGUAAUCUCAUCUCAGAUGCAAAAGUUUGCUGGGAUAGCUCUUGGAUUGUGCAGCAACUGGCUCUUCGUUUUUUUGCUACUACAGGAUAUGAUACCAUGCCAAUAAAGUAGACAAGUGGAUCUAGCUUCUUGAUCACUCCCAAGCAUUUGAGAGGUUCUUGUUGAAAGGAAAGAAAUCCAAAGGGCCCCGUUUGUUGCUCAGCUUCUAAUGUUCCUAAUUUUCACCAUGAAAAUUGUUAUUUGGUCUCUGCACAAAGUUGUUGGUAGAUGUCCGCUCUUUUACCAUGAGUACCAUUAAUUAGGUCUUAAAAUAUCUUGAAAGAUUUUGCACUCCAAAAGGUAGUAUAAAUAAAGCUAAACUACAAUGACAGGAUCGACGGGAUGAAAUAACCGAGGAGCAAAAUUCAAUAAUGUGUCCAGAUUAUGAAAUGGAAAAAAUGCGCUUGAUUACUGUAACUUAUUAAGGACAGCAGAAAAGGUGAACAUGAUGGAAAGAAAGGAUCUCAGGCAAAUAAUAAAAUGAAGGCAAGGAUAAAGAUGAAUUAUUCCACCGUCCCAAAACACGCCACCAGCAGCACCUUUAUCUUUUUUGGAGGGCUCCCAGGCGUCCCUACCAUGUAAAUCGAACUGCUUUCCUUUUGACUGGAAGAGAAAAUGAACCACGUGAGAAUCGAGCCUCUCUUCUGAGAUCAGUUAAAAACAACAGACAUUAGAAGUUUUGCAGCUGCACCCAACAGGCAAAAGCUUCUCCUCCUUUACUAGUUGUUCAAAACAAAGCUCACUUUACCAGGAUGGCUGACCCUGUUAUCUCUUUUGUAAUUGAGAGAACUGGCGAUCUGCUGAUUCAAAAACUUGUUUUCCUGAAAGGCGUUCGACGACAAGUCGAGAGACUUCAAUAUGAUCUGGUCCGGAUGCGGUGUUUCCUGAAAGAUGGUGAUCAGAGGCAAGAUGAAGAUGCGAGGAUCCGCAACUGGGUUUCUGAAAUCAGAGCUGCUGCCUACGAUGCGGAGGAUAUCAUUGAGAUAUUUGCCAGCAAAGUUGAGUUCAUAAAGGACAAGGGACUCGUCACCCAAUUGACACAUUAUCCCUUGAAAAUUGUGAACGUCUACAAGAUAGGUAAAGAGAUUGAGUCCUUACAGAUGAGGAUCAAUGACAUAGCUGAUAGCCGUGAAAAAUAUGGUAUCAAAAAUCUUGGCGAGGGAACGAGUACACAAGGAGAAGAGCUUCAACGGCUCCGACGGUCCUCUCCAAUUAGUGAGGACACGGAUAUUGUGGGCUUCGAGAAGAUAACAAAAUCCCUGGUGAAAGAACUUUUGAAAGGCGACAAAAACCGCCGGGUGGUUUCGAUCAUUGGCAUGGGAGGUGCUGGUAAGACAACUCUAGCCAAAAAAGUUUAUAACCAUGCUGACGUCAGAGCAAGAUUCAACUGCCGUGUUUGGGUAUGCGUCUCUUCAAUCUACAAUCACAAAGAGACGCUGAGAACAAUCAUAAAGCAACUGAAUCCGAUAACUAAUGAGCUACUUGACAUGUUGGAAAAGAUGCAGGAGCAGGACUUGGAAGAAAGGCUGUAUAAAGAUCUACAAGACAAAUGUUAUCUUGUGGUACUUGAUGAUGUAUGGAAGGAAGAAGCGUGGGAUUGUCUUGCCAGGAGGGCCUUUCCUGAUGUUAAUUCAAGUAGAGUGCUACUUACAAGUCGCAAGCGGGAUGUUGCCGUACACGCAGAUGCUCUUAGCAUCCCACAUGAGUUGAAAACUUUGGGGGAGGACGAUAGCUGGCAGUUGUUCCUCAAAAAGGCCUUAGGCGACGGAGCUAAUGCUGUGUGUCCUUCAGAUUUGGAAGUAGUUGGCAGGAAAAUUGCGGGGCGAUGUGCCGGUCUACCACUGGCCAUAACGGUUAUUGGUGGCCUGCUACUGGGCAAGAAAAGGUUGGAGAGUGAAUGGGAGAAAGUUCUCGACAACUUCAGCGCAUACCUAUCAAGAAGCCAGAGUGAUGCAGGGGCAAUUCUGGAAUUAAGUUAUGCAGAUCUUCCUGCCAAUCUGAAAUUUUGCUUUUUGUAUUUGGGUUUGUUUCCAGAGGACUCCGUGAUUUCUGUGCGCAAGUUGAUCCAUAUGUGGGUUGCAGAAGGAAUAAUGCAGAAAAGAGAUGCAAAAAAUUUGGAGGAAACUGCAGCAUAUGAAGAUGUGGAACGACUUUGUAGCAGAAAUCUGGUCCAAGUGGUGGAAAUGACUGUUGAUGAGAGGAUUAAAAGCUGUAGAGUCCAUGAUUUACUGCGAGAGCUUGCAAUCAGAAAGGCAGAGGAUGAAAAUUUUUUUCAGAUCCAUGAAACCAGAGAUGAUGAAAUAUCAGCCAAAUCCAGGUACCUUGCUGUUCAUGUUCUCCCUUGGGAUACAAAUUAUUUUGGGACUUCUACCCCUCCUCUCCGGUCUCUACUUUUUUUCAAUGUCCACGAUUACGGGGAAAACAAUAGUCUGAGCUUCGGAAGUUUCAGAAAGCUCAGGAUACUAGACCUCGAGGAUGUUAAGAUGUACUCUAAUUUGCCAGAAGGAAUUGGUAAAGUCAGGCUCCUAAGGUACCUCGGUUUAAGACGCACAUCCAUUGGAAGGCUCCCUGAUUCCUUUGGUCAGUUGCGAAACCUACAAACUCUUGACGUACGCAACUUUCACCGAGUGAGAGUUUCAAAUUUCAUUUGGAUGCUUGAAAGUUUACGGCAUCUAUAUGCGUAUAAAGUGGAAUGUGAUGUGCCUCUUAAAAUUGAAGGAUUGAGGAAUCUCCAGACUCUGUCACGCAUACGCUUUGAUGACAUUAUGCACAAUAACAUGAUAACUUUGACAAGUCUUCAGAAACUGGGGAUUUGGGUGGAUGACAAAUCAGACAUAGGCAGACUCUGCAUGCAUUUAUCUGAAGUUGGAAGCCUAAAGGCGCUACGUCUUUAUUUUGAUGGAAGAAGCGAGUGGUCGUCUCUAGGUGGACUUUCUGAGCUCCAUCAUGUAACAGCGCUUAAGCUAUCCGGGUCGGGUUUGAGAAUGCUGCCUCCUGAUUUCCCUCCAAAUCUCUCUCGCUUGUCUUUGAGUUUCACACGUCUCGAGCAUGAUCCAAUGCCAGCACUAGAGAAGUUGGGACAGCUGUCGUUCCUCAAAAUGGAAUUUUCAUAUUGGGGAGCACAGCUAGUCAUUUCUAGGCAUGGGUUUCCCCAAUUGAAAUUCCUUGAGCUCAACUUCCAACAUGGUUUGAAGGAAAUACAGGUCGAGAAAGGUGCACUGCAACAGCUCCAGUGCCUGAGAAUCAGGAAGUGCCUCUCAUUAGAGAAGUUGCCGGAAGAGCUUGAGCUUGAUAAGCUUGAGCUUGUAGACAUGCCAGAAGAUUUGAUCAGUAGGCUUGAUGCGGACAUGAUAUCGCAGAAGUAAGGAGGUUCAUAUUUGUAAUUCCCGCGUAGAAUGGAUGUUAUGUAGUGUGGUGAUUAAUAAACUUAUUUCAAGUAUUUAUCAAAAUACUAGAGAAUUGUUUCCCACACAAUGCGUGGGAGUGUUAUCAAAAGGCCAUUGAUCGUGUAGAGAAUAUUUUCUCCUGAAU